UAGGGAGGCGCGGGCUCUCUAGCAGGUGGCCACAGCCAUGAAGGGGCUCCCUCCCGCCGCUGGCAAGGGCGUGCGGGGCCCGGAGCACCCGAGCCCCUUCAGCCAGCUAGUCUAUACCAGCAACGACUCCUACAUCGUCCCCCUCGGGGAUUUUAAAAAGAUCCAUAAAGCUGCCUGCCUGGGCCAAGUCGAGAAGCUGGAGAAGAUGACAGAGAGGAAGACCAUCAACCUUAAUAUAAAAGACUCCCAGAAAAGGACUGCUCUACACUGGGCCUGUGUCAACGGCCAUGAGGAAGUAGUAACAUUUCUGGUAGACAGAAAGUGCCAGCUUGACGUCCUUGAUGGUGAAAACAGGACACCUCUGAUGAAGGCUCUACAAUGCCAUCGGAAGGCUUGUGCAAAUAUUCUGAUAGAUUCUGGUGCCGAUGUAAAUCUUGUAGAUAUGUAUGGCAACACGGCUCUCCAUUAUGCUGUUUAUAGUGAGAAUUUGUCAGUGGUGGCAAAACUGCUGUCCCAUGGUGCAGUCAUCGAAGUGCAGAACAAGGCUAGCCUCACACCACUUUUACUAUCCAUAACGAAAAGAAGGGAGCAAAUUGUGGAAUUUUUGCUGACAAAAAAUGCAAAUGCGAAUGCAGUUAAUAGGUGUAAAUGCACAGCGCUCAUGCUUGCUGUAUGUCAUGGAUCAUCAGAGAUAGUUGGCAUGCUUCUUCAGAAAAAUGUUGACGUCUUUGCUGCAGAUACAUGUGGAGUAACUGCAGAACGUUAUGCUGUUGCUUGUGGAUUUCAUCACAUUCAUCAACAAAUUUUGGAAUAUAUACAAAAAUUAUCUAAAAAUCGUCAAAAUACCAAUCCAGAAGGAACAUCUGCAGGAACACCUGACGAGGCUGCACCCUUGGCGGAAAGAACACCUGACACAGCUGAAAGCUUGGUGGAAAAACCACCUGACGAGGCUGCACCCUUGGUGGAGGGAACAUCUGACAAAAUUCAAUGUUUGGAGAAAGCGACAUCUGGAAAGUUUGAACAGUCAGCAGAAGAAACACCUAGGGAAAUUACGAGGCCCGCAAAAGAAACAUCUGAGAAAUUUACGGGAAGACCUAGGAAGAUCGCAUGGGAUAAUAAAGAAACACCUGUAAAGACUGGAUGUGUGGCAAGAGUAACGUCUAAUAAAACUAAAGUUUUGGAAAAAGGAAGAUCUAAGAUGAUUGCAUGUCCUACAAAAGAAUCAUCUACAAAAGCAAGUACCAAUGUGGAUGUGAGUUCUGUAGAGUCUAUAAUCAGUCUUUUUGGCAAAACGACUAUUGAAAUUUCACAGUCUACAGAAGUUGAGGAAGACUUUAAUCUUGCUACCAAGAAUGCAGGUUUUACCCCAAGUAAACAACCAGUUGUGGAAGCAGAGACUCUUAAUAAGCAUAUGCAGGGAGCAACAAAGACAGUAACUGGACAACAAGAAAAUGAUAUUGGCAUUAUUGAACAAGCUCCACAAGAUCUAACAAAUAAGAUGCCCACAUCAGAAUCAGGACAAAAAGAAGAUACAAAAUCACCUUCAGAUGCUGAGAUUAUCUCUAAGAGUGCUGCACAGAAUUAUAUGUGUUUACCUGAUGCUGCAUAUCAAAAAGAUAUCAAAACAAUAAAUCACAAUAUAGAAGAUCAGAGGUUCUCAUCAGAAUCCGAACAAGAGGAAGAUGAAGAAAAUUCUUGGGAUUCUGGGAGUCUCCUUGGGAGUUCUGCAGAGAUUCAAGUGUGUAUACCUAAGUCUAUAUAUCAAAAAGUAAUGGAGAUAAAUAGAAAAGUAGAAGAGCCUCCUGAGAAGCCAUCUGCCUUCAAGCCUGCCACUGAAAUGCAAAAGUCUGUUCCAAAUAAAGCCUUUGAAUUGAAGACUGAACAAACAUUGAGAGCAGAUCAGAUGUUCCCAUCAGAAUCCAAACAAAAGGACAAUGAAGAAAAUUCUUGGGAUUCUGAGAGUCUCUGUGAGACUGUUUCACAGAAGGAUGUGUGUUUACCCAAGGCUACACAUCAAAAAGAAAUCGAUAAAAUAAGUGGAAAAUUAGAAGAGUCUCCUGGUAAAGAUGGUCUUCUGAAGGCUACAUGUGGAAUGAAAGUUUCUAUUCAAAAUAAAGCCUUAGAAUUGAAGGACAUACAAACAUUCAAAGCAGAGUCCCCUGAGAAGCCAUCUGCCUUCAAGCCUGCCACUGAAAUGCAAAAGUCUGUUCCAAAUAAAGCCUUCGAGUUGAAGAAUGAACAAACAUUGAGAGCAGAUGAGAUGUUCCCAUCAGAAUCAAAACAAAAGGACGAUGACAACAAUUCUUGGGAUUCUGAGAGUCUCUCUGAGACUGUUUCACAGACGGAUGUGUGUUUACCCAAGGCUACACAUCAAAAAGAAAUCGAUAAAAUAAGUGGAAAAUUAGAAGAGUCUCCUGGUAAAGAUGGUCUUCUGAAGCCUACCUGUGGAAUGAAAGUUUCUAUUCAAAAUAAAGCCUUAGAAUUGAAGGACAUACAAACAUUCAAAGCAGAGUCCCCUGAGAAGCCAUCUGCCUUCAAGCCUGCCAUUGAAAUGCAAAAGUCUGUUCCAAAUAAAGCCUUCGAGUUGAAGAAUGAACAAAUAUUGAGAGCAGAUCAGAUGUUCCCAUCAGAAUACAAACAAAAGGACAAAGAAGAAAAUUCUUGGGAUUCUGAGAGUCUCCGUGAGACUGUUUCACAGAAGGAUGUGUAUUUACCCAAGGCUACACAUCAAAAAGAAAUCGAUAAAAUAAGUGGAAAAUUAGAAGAUUCAACUAGCCUAUCAAAAAUCUUGGAUGCAGUUCAUUCUGGUAAAAGAGCAAGGGAACUUGCUUACAGCAAAAUGGAACAAAUGAAAAGAAGUGUACUAAAAAAACAACUGUCAGAAGCAAAAGAAAUAAAAUCACAGUUAGAGAACCAAAAAGUUAAAUGGGAACAAGAGCUCUGCAGUGGGAGAUUGACUUUAAACCAAGAAGAAGAGAAGAGAAGAAAUGCCGAUAUAUUAAAUGAAAAAAUUAGGGAAGAAUUAGGAAGAAUCGAAGAGCAGCAUAGGAAAGAGUUAGAAGUAAAACAACAACUUGAAGAGGCUCUCAGAAUACAAGAUAUGGAAUUGAAGAGUGUGAGAAGUAAUUCAAAUCAGGUUUCUCACCCUCAUAAAAAUGAAAAUGAUCUCUUACAUGAAAAUUCCAUGUUGAAAAAGGAAAUUGCCAUGCUAAAACUGGAAAUAGCCACACUGAAACACCAAUACCAGGAAAAGGAAAAUAAAUACUUUGAGGACAUUAAGAUUUUAAAAGAAAGGAAUGCUGAACUUCAGAUGACCCUAAAACUGAAAGAGGAAACAUUAACUAAAAGGGCAUCUCAAUAUAGUGGGCAGCUUAAAGUUCUGAUAGCUGAGAACACAAUGCUCACUUCUAAAUUGAAGGAAAAACAAGACGAAGAAAUACUAGACACAGAAAUUGAAUCAUACCAUCCUAGACUGGCUUCUGCUGUACAAGACCAUGAUCAAAUUGUGACAUCAAGAAAAAGCCAAGAACUUGCUUUCCACAUUGCAGGAGAUGCUUGUUUGCAAGGAAGAAUGAAUGUUGAUGUGAAUAAUACAAUAUAUAACAAUGAGGUGCUCCAUCAACCACUUUCUGAAACUCAAAGGGAAUCCAAAAGCCUAAAAAUUAUCAAUUAUGCAGGAGAUGCUCUAAGAGAAAAUACAUUGGUUUCAGAACAUGCACAAAGAGACCAAUGUGAAACACAGUGUCAGGUGAAGAAAGCUGAACACAUGUAUCAAAACGAGCAAGAUAAUGUGAACAAACACACUGAACAGCAGGAGUCUGUAGAGCAGAAAUUAUUUCAACUACAAAGCAAAAAUAUGUGGCUUCGACAGCGAUUAGUUCAUGCACAUAAGAAAGCUGAUAAAAAAAGCAAGAUAACAAUUAAUAUUCAGUUUCUUGAGAGGAAAAUGCAACAUCAUCUCCUAAAAGAGAAAAAUGAGGAGGUAUUUAAUUAUGUUAACCAUUUAAAAGACCGUAUAUAUCAAUAUGAAAAAGAGAAAGCAGAAAGAGAAGUCAUUGUGAGAAAACUUCAAAAAAACUUGGCUGAUCUCAAUAAACAGUGUGUGUCUGAGGCUUCACUAGAGGUUACAUCACGUUAUCACAUUAAUCUCAAAGAUGAGAUACAAGAUUUAAUGAAGAAAUGAUUUCAAAUCAAAAGUCAAAACUCAUGAGAGACAAGCAGAGACCAGUAAGAAACUUCUUUUGGAGAAACAACAGACCAGAUCUUUAUUCACAACUCAUGCUAGGAGGC